GUUUCAGUAUCUACUGCAUUUCCAAAUUUAUACUAUUUGAAUACUAAAUUAAUAAAUCUGAAUUAAAAAUGUUCAGACUUAAAGGAAUUCAAUGAAAUAUUUUUAUGAAAUUAAAUAAUUAAUUCUUAAACAGAGGAACUUGAGUCAAUCGAGAUCCAAACUUACAAAACAUAUACAAAUAUAUUAACCUAAAGUUAAGUGUAUAAAUUUUAGAAAAUGAGAUAUAAAAUUAAGUUAAAAUUGGGGCUUUCUCCAUGGCUCGUCGUAUGGUGGUUAAGUAACAUUAGUGCAAUAGAAAGUUAAAAGAUUUCUUCGAUUAGAAAAACGAUAAAGUCACAUAGUUUCAUCGCAUACUGAUGAACUUAAACACACAGGUGACUCACCACUACGACGUUAUAUUUUAACUACUAUGAAUCAGUUCGUUAGUAUUCUAAAAUUUCAUCAACAAUUAGAUAGAAAGGAUAUUGGAAAUUCUAUGAACUAUUUUUGUUCUUUUCCACGUGCAUAGAUUCGAAGAUAAGCAUAAACAGUUAUGAGUCAAUGAUAAUGCGCAAUAAGAUAUAUUCGUUUGUAAAAUGAAAAUAUAUUUGCUUAUUGUUUUUGAACCGAAAAGCAAACACAUAUGUGACGUUACAUUUAUAACGUUAUCACCUGAUGUCACGUGCUGACCUAUCAAAAUGUAGACUUAAGAUUGUGUAAGAACUCUUACGGUAAAUAUGAAUAUUUAUUUAGCAAUUUGGUGUACAGUAUCGAGAAAAAUUGGCUAUCCCUUAAAUUGUAAAAUGUGUAUAUCUAAGGAACUAAAUCUACGUUGUCAGGCCUUACAUUUUCUUUCAUACAGCAUAAAUCUACGGCCUUCGGUUACAACGUGUGAAAUCUUUGCGUGGGUGUUAUUGUAAUGCUUGUGUAUUGUCUAUACGUACGUUGAUUUAAACUGACAUACAAUACGAUAAAAUAGAUAAUAUAUGAGCGUAACAUGUAUGCAGCACACACGCAAAGAUUUUGUUCAAUGGACGUCCUUCUGAACACUCGUGCGACCUCAACAGAUUGUUAAUAAUUUGAUUUACGACCUUCUGAAAUACUGGCGGAGAUCGUACUGUAAUUUCUAUAUAUAUAUAUUGAUAGAGAGGGAAAACGAAGAAAGAUUCUAGUACAGAACGUGUCAAAAGGUAAGAAAACUAACCGACGAUCGAAGAUACACUGACUACGAGAUCUCUCAUUUGCGUCAGUGCGCACAUGUUCUGCGCACACGUGACCAAAAUGGAGGAAAGUAUAUAAAGAGUGAGCAGGACAAAAAAUAUGAUGGCCGUUGACCUGCUGAUUGUUGGAAGGGGUAAUGGUCUGUUAGUGGGAGACUCAGCUGAUAAAUGAUCGAUGGGUGAGCUUUACUUUUCAGAACCGCAGAAACUAUCAGAAAAACCGAUUGGAAUAAUAAUAUGUUAAUUAAAACGUUCGCUAAUAAAAACACGAGAUUUUUAAAUUUUAAAUAGGAGAAUCAAUAAGUCAUUUGCAACAUUACAAAUGUACAUGUAUGUAUAAUAAGAUACAUUAAUCGCUUCAUAAUUACUGGUACAUAUGGUACAUUUAGUUUUUUCUUUAAUUUAAACAUGAUCGCAGAAGAUAUAUUUCAUCAUUCUUUUGAAAUAUGCUAAUACAGUGCAAACUACUCUAACUCUAAACUACAGUGGUCGUUCGUUGGAAGUGUCCCUUGCUGAUACACAUUACUCAAUUCUGUUAAUCAGCAAAGUACAUCACGAAUGGAAUACCGAGCGGCUACUGUAUUUACUUAUAAUGCUUAUAAUAUGAAAAUCUUUCGUACCAAGACUGUACAGUCCACGUGAUCAAGGGUACUUCUUUUAGAGCCAAUAGAUGAGAUAAUCGAGUCGUACCGUGUUAAUGCGUGUAAUCAAGAGGCAUUUGUAUCAAAUGCACAGCAAAAUGUUGCGUCCACUUUAAUAAGUUAAAAAACAUUAGUUCCUAGGUAAGUAGGUACUUAGAACAAAAGAGUGACGCACAAGGAACUUUUGUACAAACCACGUCAGCCGGCAAACGAGAAUAGUCGAUAUAUUGAUUGAACGUUUAUAAAAGAUGGCAAACACCUGAGAAAGUUCACAUGGAUACCACGAAAUUAUAUGUUCCAAUACUAAUUAUUCAAAUCUAUUGACAUUACUUACCUAUAUUCGCUAUUUUGAAAUUAAGAUUUUUUAGAAUCUUGGAAUUUUGGAAUAUUUAAAUUUCAAAACUUUAGAAUUGCAAAUACUUAAAAUCUUAGACUUCUAGACUGUUUUUUGCUAUGUUGAAAUUUUUUAAUCCACUCUGACUCCUUUAUAAUGACGCCAGUGUUUAAACAUAAAUCAAUGUUUCACUUGGAAUUAUUAAUAAUGCAUUGAAUUUUUAUUAAUUUAAAACAGCGGUUACUUCCAUUACUGUUCCUCCAAAAAAGUAUCUCUUGUUUUUUUGUAGUUUGUAGUCAGUUUGUACUAUUAGAAGUAAUAUAGAGAUAAUUUGACUUCAUCGUAAUGGUAAUGUUUUAGACAUUAAUGAGGGAUCGCCGUGAGCGAGCAUCGAUCAAACGAUUAUUUUCUUUUUAAAGCGAUCAAACUCAUUAAUGAUAAGGCUGAUUUCUCAGCGAAAUACGACGUAUAUACUGGUAAUUAGUGCCACGUCAUUCGGGCAAUUCACUGAUAGUAAUUGAAGCUUGCUGCGCAAUGGAAAUUGUGGUUUGCCGCGAUAUGAAAUGCCUCGUGUCGACCUAAUUUCAAUUUUGUUGACGAAGUCUACGACGUCAGAAUUUUUUUAGUUUCCUUCCAUUCAUAAUCAAGCUUAACUUAUUUUCAUCGUUUCCUUAUCGUUAGAGGAGAUAGGGUUCGUAUCUUUUUCUCUCAAGAGACGUAUUUACAUCUCGUUGAUCUGGGAAACAAACGUAGAUCAUUUAUAAAAUUACAAUUUUUGAAAAAAUGAAAAAUCCUAAAGAAAAGGAGCGUAAAGUAAUUCGAUUCCGGAAGUCGGUGCCGGACGAUGUUUCACCGGAUGGCGGUAAACAACGAGUCGAACGAGAAGUGAAAUUCGUGAGAUUCGUGGCUUCCUGCUUUUUGGGCCCGUACACGCAAAUCCCUGAGAUACUUCGUUACGAUAUGAAAGACAUCGUCAGAUUAUCAGAAGCCAUACGUCCGCUACGACCAGAUAAACGUUGCCACAAAGAAAUCAGCGAGACGUAUGCCACAAAGUUUCCCGAUUACACAUUUCUUCAAACAAAAGUUGAUCCUAAACUAUUCCGAAGCAAGCAAACGUUCUGCGUUGAAAUUAAACCAAAACAGGGAUAUUUAAGAGAUGAUUGGAAGUUUCAAAAAUGCCCUUAUUGUCUAACACAGUAUCAUAAGCUCAAAAAGAAGGUAAUCGCAGCUCGUAGUACUUAUUGCCCAUUUGAUCUCUUUUCUGGAGUUGAGGAACGCAUGAAAUCUGCACUGGAAGGAUUAUUGAAAUCACCACAAAACAAUUUAAAGAUUUUUAAGGAUGGCAUUAUUGUUUAUGAUCAAGAAUCAUCUUUGAACAAUCUUGAAGGUGUUUUGAAAGAAUGCUUUCAAAAUUCUACAGCAGAUACGAACAAAGAAUAUAUCAACAAAUUGUGUAAUUUACUUUGCACUGCUCUCUUACAUUCAUUUCGUUCGGAAGAACUGAGAUUAAACUCUACUGUGUAUGAACUAUAUUCCUCUUUUGAACAAGACUUGAAGUCAACCUUGCAUAUUAAUUCAGAUAUAGUUGCAAAAGCUAAGAAACUUUUGUAUUUCACCGGGGAGGCCUGCAAUACGAAGGGCGUAACACUGCCAACUGAUUCCGUGCUGGAACGAAUUCUUUGUAUGCAAAGAUUACCAUUUGUUAGUUCAGAAUUUGUUUAUAAUACAUACAUUAAAUUUCGUUCAUUAAUAACUAAUGAUAUACUAUAUUUUAAUUUAUUAAAUGUACAUAAACCUGAUGAGCAUUUUAUAUACUUUUACAAUCAGAAAAAUACUGUAACGGAGAAUUUAGAAACACUGAAAACACGUGCCAAAAACGCUUCAGUUUCAAAUGAAUCAAAAUUUGAUGGCGACAACAAUGGCAACAAAUUAAUUCAAUUUAGGGAUCAAAAACCGGAUGAAAAUGUUCGUCUUGUAUCAAAAUCAAGUUUACCUCCAAUUUAUUGCAAGAAGAAUAACCUAAUCUAUAAUAAAUUUAGCGUAAUAUAUAAUGAGGAUAAUAAGCAUUGUAAUAAUGAAAAAGAAACAGAUUUAAUAAACACUGAAAGUAUAUUAUGCUUACAGAAUUAUCUUCUGUUUUCAUGUGCCAGAGAUUGCUCAAUAUUAAUAGCAUUUCGAGAAUUAAAUCCGGAUUCAGUAUCGUUUGUCCCUGAUGGAAAUGUAUUACAACUUUCCGAUGGACUCAGCUUCGUAUGUAAUAUCGGAAUUUCAGAUUUAGAUCCAAAAAAUCUUCACUGUAUCGAAAAACACCGCCAACGAGAUACCAACGUCUUAAAUUCAGUGAUUUCCGUUCUUGAAGAAGAACUUGCAAUUAAAAAUCAAUUGUCAUCCGAAACUCAAUCACUGCAGUAGCAGUUAAUACUCAAAUUAAUUUUAACAAAUUUUUACUAUGUGACGAUUCUAUAUUUGACACUUUUAGAAACACUCUGUAUUAAGAAAUGAAAUUAAUUGAAUAAUUUAAUAGCAACUUAAUAAAGUUGUUAUAUGUACUUACUACAUUUAAAUUAAUAUGAACUGCGGACACAUAAAGUAUAAGAAUUUUUAAAUAACAAAUUGUUAACAUCACUUGUUACAUUUUGAUAUUAUUAAGGGAAAUAAAAUACUGUGAUUCUACUUAUACAUAUAAUUUGAUAGGUAAAUAAUGAACAAAUAAAUUGUACACCGUGUAUGUUUUGUGAUGUAUUAUCGAUUGUCUUGUUUUACUUAUCAAUAGUAUUUCAAAUAUAUAAAAGUGCGGAUUAUUAAAAUAAUCUAUAAAUUA